AUGGCGGAUUUGUUCUCAUUAGGUGGAGGGAGAGGAACUAACAACAACCAACAAGACAACACUACUAACAACAACGAGAUUCCUGUAGCUGAGACCCUAUUCUGGUAUAGCAAAACCGACGACAUUUCAUCCUACCAAGGGUUCGAGCUAUGGAACCAGCAGCAGGAGCAGCAUGUGAUGCCACCGUAUGCGCGCCCUCUCCUACCCAGUCGAGGCAUCUCCGAUGAUCACUCCUCGUCUAGAUCAACGUUUGUGGCGAUGCGCGCGGCGAAAGGUGGAAUAAGCUGCCAGGACUGCGGGAACCAAGCCAAAAAAGAUUGUCCACACAUGCGGUGCAGAACGUGCUGCAAGAGCCGCGGCUACGAGUGCCAAACCCAUGUCAAAAGCACUUGGGUUCCUGCUUCCAAAUGUCGUGAGUGUCGCAGCGGAGGUGGAGGUGGAGGCGGAGGAGACGGAAGCGGAGGUGGAGACGGAGGUGGGGAUCUUACAAUGAUGUUUUUGCAGAGAUGAAGGCUGGGUGGAAGAUGGAAGAAAGACGAAGGAGAGAGAGAGAGGGAGAAAAGGUGAAAAAGAAAAAUGAUGUGACUUUUCCUUAUACUCAUCGGCAGAUUUUUAAUAGAGUUUGUUUUGGAGGACUAAAACUAAAGUUUCUUAAAGUUGAAGGA